AUGUUUAGCCUCUCAGUCCCAGAAUCUGCGCCGUUUUCAGCAGUGAUCAAGUUCGCGGCGGAAGAGUUCAAGCUGAACCCGGCGACCUGCGCAAUCAUCACCAACGAGGGCGUGGGAGUGAACCCGGCCCAGACAGCAGGCUCGGUCUUCCUCAAAUUCGGCUCAAACCUGAGGCUGAUUCCGCGAGAUAGAGUCGGAAAAUGCACCGUGUAA